AUGUAUGAGGUGCAGGUCGUGCGGCAUCGAGGAGCCACCGGAACGCGUGGAAGACUCGAGGCAUUACGUCGACGCUUUGUGAUGACUGUUUGCGAUCGAUUUUUGAAGCUAUGCGUAGAUUCCUUAUCGUUAACCUCUGCUGUGUUGAGUAUCUCGUCCAACCGCAUUAAGAAUAUUCGAGUGAGAAGAAGAUUAUUACGAGUUAUGAUGGACAACGGCUAUGCUUUAACAGUUCGUUUACAAGACCAGGAGGAAGCGCUACGAGCUGCUGAGACGAUGAUGGAUACAUGGGAUAUUGACCCUCUUGUAGAAGACACGGAAAUACCUUCAGUUCAGUCGGAAGUACAAGUGGAUUGUACCAUGGCUUUGCUUGUGAGGCACUACAUGGAUGACCCAAACUUUCGGCACUUGGUGCAUAGGAUUCACGAUCAUAUUGAUGCAGUUGUGGCAAAUGAUGAAUUGUGCUUUAAGGCGCGUGUGUGA